AUGAGUGCUCCAGCAUAUUAUGAGCUCUAUAGAAGGUCGACUAUAGGAACAACUUUAACUGAUGCAUUAGAUACAUUAAUUUCUGAUGAAAAGAUACAGCCACAGCUAGCUAUGAGAAUUUUAAAUAACUUCGAUCGAAUUAUAUCUGACUUGUUGAAAAAUGAGCUGGGCAUUUCCAAAUCUAAGUUAACAUUUAAAGGAGAUUUGCAUACAUAUAGAUUCUGUGAUGAUGUGUGGACUUUCAUAAUCAAAAAUGUUCUAAUCAAAUUGACUGAUGUUUCAAAUUCAGGUAAUAAUGACUUAAAUGAUAACGAAAUAAACGUGGAUAAAUUUAAAAUAGUUGCUUGUAACUCCAAGAAAGCUGGUGAUAUGUAG